AUGCUGCUAAUAGAGGAAUUAUCACCUCAAAACAAUAACAGAGCUAAGCCCGCACUGACUUAUAAGAAGGAUAGACGACAGAAAAAGCAAGCUAAACCUAAAAAGUCCGGCCAAGACACUGUCCUUGAAAAAAAACCAAAAGCAUCCAAAUCAGAUACGAGAAAGCCUCCUGAACACCCUGCAAUUAAUGAUAUCAAACCUAAUAAACGUUCGAAGAAAGCAGACUCUGCAAAAGAACUCAAAAAAGAGUCUGCGCCAGUGGUAAAUAAGAGAAACCAAUCGCGCGAGAACUCUAAACAGAAAACAGAAAGCCACAACUCCAUACUUGUAUCUAAACGAAGAACAAGACUGGAAUCCAAGUCGAAGGGCAACUUACACCAAACACAAAAAGUACUUGCAAAGUCUAAACCAAAGCUAAUUCCAAAACUAGCUAUAAAGGGAACAAUAACUUCUAAAGUACGCUUCAAAAGCGAACUUACCUACAGGCAAUUAUUACUGAAGUGUGCCAAAGGAAAGGACCCUAUCGACUUACUAGUGUGA